AUAUCGAUAGAAUAAACAGACCGAAGGUAGUGACUUGAUGCUAGGUUAUCGUCCGAUAUAAACGUAGUACGUUUUGCAAUUUUGCAAUUUCGGCAGCAGUGUCGAGGAAUUUCGAGCCGAAACGUCUUCCACUGUCGAUUCCAUCGUAAAUGACAAGCCGUCACGUCGUAGUGCCACUGUAAGAAAAUAUGGCGACGGCGAACAUCAAGCUGCCCGAGGAGAGCGAACUGACUGUUCCAGAAUUGAACGUCAGCUGGCCGGUGCUCCAAAGUGCUUCUGUUUAUAUCGGCAAGGCCUGCGAAGGGUGCAAUAAUGAAUUUAUGCUAUGUAGACAGGAAGAAAACGAUCCACGUAAAUGCAUCAAUGAGGGAAAAGAGGUAACUGCUUGUGCGCUAAAAGUUCUUAAACAAAUGAAAAAACACUGCCUGGAGGAGUUCAAUAUGUACAUGCGUUGCCUCGAGAGGUCAUCGGGAACCCUGGAGCUUAAUCGAUGUCGGCAGACGCAAGCUGUAUUGGACGAUUGCGUUCUUAAAAAAAUGAACAUGGAACGCCCACCCUUCGGAUACUUUUGUGAGGUCAGGGUGCACGAUACCAAGAGACCACGACCGAAACCGAGAGAUCAGAUGAUAGAAUUUCCAGAUCCUGUUCCAGGAUUGAAAGACGACGUACCACGUGAGAAAGCUAAAUAUCACAACCGCUUUUGGUAUAAAAAUUAAGUCUCUUAGCAGAUACAACUAGUACCUUGAUUGCUCUGCAAGAGUUACGUUUGUUAGACUCGAGAUGCACUAGAUAACUACGUAAAUAUGAAAAUUGGGCGUAUGCAACUUGCAGUGUGCUCUCGAACGUUGGUUUCCUAUAAAACUGUAUAGAAUUGCUGUUGUACACGUCUUGUGAAUAUAAAACUUGUAAGCAGCAAAGUGAUAAUUUGCUUAAUCAUUGUUGUUACACCUUACGAUUGUACAAAUAUAGAUAUAAAGCACUAUAAAAUGC